UACGGAAGUGACGUAAGUUCCGAGUCCAGUAGGGGCGGUGGGAGCAAUGAGGGGAGUAAGGCGGUGGUAGCUGUUGUGUGAAGAUGGAGUUUCCCGGAGGAAAUGACAAUUACCUGACGAUCACAGGGCCCUCGCACCCCUUCCUGUCAGGGGCCGAGACAUUCCAUACACCAAGCUUGGGUGAUGAGGAAUUUGAAAUUCCACCUAUCUCCUUGGAUUCUGAUCCCUCACUGGCUGUCUCAGAUGUGGUUGGCCACUUUGAUGACCUGGCAGACCCUUCCUCCUCACAGGAUGGCAGCUUUUCAGCCCAAUAUGGGGUCCAGACAUUGGACAUGCCUGUUGGCAUGACCCAUGGCUUGAUGGAGCAGGGCGGGGGGCUCCUGAGUGGGGGCUUGAGCAUGGACUUGGACCAUUCUAUAGGAACUCAGUAUAGUGCCAACCCACCUGUUACAAUUGAUGUACCAAUGACGGACAUGACAUCUGGCUUGAUGGGCCAUAGCCAGUUGACCACCAUUGAUCAGUCAGAACUGAGUUCUCAACUUGGUUUGAGCUUAGGGGGUGGCACCAUCCUGCCACCUGCCCAGUCACCUGAGGAUCGUCUUUCAACCACCCCUUCACCUACUAGUUCACUUCAUGAGGAUGGUGUUGAGGAUUUCCGGAGGCAACUUCCGAGCCAGAAGACAGUUGUGGUGGAAGCAGGGAAAAAGCAGAAGGCCCCAAAGAAGAGAAGGAAGAAAGAUCCUAAUGAACCUCAAAAACCAGUUUCAGCAUAUGCUUUAUUUUUUCGUGAUACACAGGCUGCCAUCAAGGGACAGAAUCCCAAUGCCACUUUUGGAGAGGUUUCAAAAAUUGUGGCCUCUAUGUGGGACAGUCUUGGAGAAGAGCAGAAACAGGUUUAUAAGCGGAAAACUGAAGCUGCCAAGAAAGAGUAUCUGAAGGCUCUGGCCGCUUAUAAAGACAACCAGGAGUGUCAGGCCACUGUGGAAACAGUAGAAUUGGAUCCGGUGCCACCAGCACAGACUCCUUCUCCACCUCCUAUGGCUACCGUUGACCCAGCAUCUCCAGCACCAGCUCCAACAGAGCCACCUGCGCUGUCCCCUUCCAUUGUUGUCAACUCCACCCUUUCAUCGUAUGUUGCAAACCAGGCAUCUUCAGGGGCCGGGGGCCAGCCCAAUAUCACCAAGUUGAUUAUAACCAAACAGAUGUUGCCCUCUUCUAUUACCAUGUCUCAAGGAGGGAUGGUUACUGUUAUCCCAGCUACAGUGGUGACCUCCCGGGGGCUCCAGCUUGGCCAAACCAGUACGGCUACUAUCCAGCCCAGUCAGCAAGCCCAGAUUGUCACUCGGUCAGUGUUGCAGGCAGCAGCAGCAGCUGCUGCUUCUAUGCAACUGCCUCCACCCCGACUACAGCCCCCUCCAUUACAACAGAUGCCUCAGCCCCCUACUCAGCAGCAAGUGACCAUUCUGCAGCAGCCUCCCCCACUCCAGGCCAUGCAACAGCCUCCACCUCAGAAAGUACGAUUCAAUUUACAGCAACAGCCACCUCCUCUGCAGAUCAAGAUUGUGCCUCGGCCCACUCUGAAAGUGCAAACUACCUUAGUUCCACCAGCUGUUGAAAGUAGUCCUGAGCGGCCUAUGAACAGUAGCCCUGAGGCCCAUACAGUGGAGGCAACCUCUCCUGAGACAAUCUGUGAGAUGAUCACAGAUGUAGUCCCUGAGGUCGAGUCUCCUUCUCAGAUGGAUGUUGAAUUGGUGAGUGCGUCUCCUGUGCCGCUCUCCCCCCAGCCUCGAUGUGUGAGGUCAGGGUGUGAGAACCCUCCUGUUGUGAGUAAGGACUGGGACAAUGAGUACUGCAGCAAUGAGUGUGUGGUGAAACACUGCAGGGAUGUAUUCUUGGCCUGGGUAGCCUCUAGAAAUUCAAACACAGUGGUAUUUGUGAAAUAGUCCUUCUUGUUCUCCAAGCCAGUGAAGACUUCUCUUCUGGGAAUGUGUCCAAGAGCCUGUUUUUAAAAUACAUGCUGGGCUUCUGGUGGUGCCUGAUCUCAA